CACUGGGAUGUCAGCGGCAGGCAGCGUCGAGGAUCCGCGGCACCAUCAAGAUGGCGGAAAUUUUCAUUUCGUGAUCCGCGGCUUAUCGCCAAAAACCCCGACGAAAUCGCAAAACGAGAAUCGGCGUUGCGCCCUGACUCGGUAGCUACAGCCUCGCGCCGAAUUGUGCCCAACAUGUCAACAACACUCUUACCCUUUCUCUAUCAUACGAGGACGCUGCGACAGCUGUCCAAAACUGGGCUCAGAAUACCCGCAUUGCAUGCCCUACUACACUCGACACCGACAAGCAACAGUCCGAGAGGUCGAAGUCGGCCAAACGGGCGUAAACCCGAUGCCAUCCCGUUUGAGUUACCAGAAGGCUAUGAGGACCUUCAAAGUGACACAAAAGCCGACUCGAUGACUGAUGCCGAGGCCGGUACCUCGCGCUCAACCAUCACACCCGCCGAGCACGAAACCUUCAGCAAAAUCUUCAAAGAGAUUGCGUCGAAAAACAACUCGAGAGCAUCUACGACUGCUGCGACACCGGACAACCUUUUUGAGGAGGUUUCAGCACCCCCUUCGUCCACCCAAAACCCACCCAAUUUUGGUGGCUUUGACCAGUUCAGCAGCUUGGACAGAUUCGACGACUUCAACCCUCAGCAUGGUGGAUCUGAAUCUAGUAGAAUCCGUGACGCUGUCAAUAUUAUUGUGGAAGAUGCGGUCACUGUACCUACUCGCUCGGGACGAAUACAGGGGUAUCAUUUCUCGCAUAUAGGGAACAAGGACUUAUCACCGGAAAGAUGGCAAAAGGCCCUGGAGCGGUUCCCGCCGAGCCUCCGCGAAGCUGCUCGGAUGGCUCUGAACGUUAUAGAAUCCGACAGAGUGGCGAAUCAGUCCACACCUGGGGUUGCAGGCCAAAAUGGGGAACUGGCCAAGUCUCCGCGUUCAGUCGCCGAGUUCCACUCGUCACUUGACUCGUACACAGAGGACGAAGUCGAACGACGGGCGGAGCGCAGGCGCGUAGAGAACAGGAUGUGCGAGGCCAAGACCGACUUUGAGCUCUGGGACGUGCUGGAGGACGAAGUCUUCCCGAUCGCGAAGAAAAUUGCGGACCCAAGCCUUAAGCGCAAGGUCCGACGACCCAAACGGACAAACGCGGAUGAGAGGGACGAGAAACACCACAUGCGUAUAUACGGCCCGCUCUAUGGCGUCUUCCUGCUGCGCGCGCUGCAAUUGUUCGACACACAGUUUGCGCGCACGUCGCCCAUGGCGCUGAAUCUGCUUCCGCGCAUCAAGGAGCUCGGCCCCGCGAGCUACGUGCUCGGCGUCGGCACGCCCUUCUACAACGAGCUGGCGAGCAUCUUGUGGGGACGGUACGGCGACCCGGAGGCCGUGUUUAACACAUUCGAGGAGAUGCGCCAUGCCGGCUUGUAUUGCAACCGGCGCACCGGCGACAUCGUGGACGAGAUUGAGAAUUCCAUGGCCCCGGCCCGCUCGGGCGACAAGGGCCCGUUUUUGAAGGAGAUUCUUAGCUUUCCCGAGUACGAGUAUGCCGUGUGGCCACGGGUCAGGUAUUGGAAGAAUGCCGUCAUGCUGCACAUGAAGAGGCAGCAGCGUGGUGACCACGGGAAUGCGAUCCCUUAUGCGUAAAGAGCCUAUUGGUAGCGCCCCAUAAAAUACCUACCUGGUGAGACUCUACAGGUCACGAGUCUCACCGCCGCUGUGCUCAGCAUUUCACCAAGGGAUGGUUGCCUAAUGUUGACGGCCUGUGGCGGGGGUUUGUAAGAUAUUGUAUUGUAUGUAUAGCUUGUGAGGUAACAUCUUGGAGAAUGAUUGACGAUCAUGGGUUUGGUGUCCCCUCUCUUCCCUGCUUCUUGGCCUUAGGUCCGGAACCCCUUUUGUCUCGCACACACUCGCCUUGCUGUCGCUAUUACUUGCUAUUUGCCGCGUGCAGGUCACCUAGGGCAUCAACCAACUCCACCCGUCCUCGG